UGGGCGUGUCCAAUAUGAAGUGGGCGUGUCCAAUGCGAGGUGGGCGUGUCCCGCAGUGCCCCCCGAUCUGACGGCCGAGGAGCGGCGGGAGCUCGAGAGCAUCCGGCGCCGCAAACAGGAACUGCUGGGGGAGAUCCAGAGACUGAGAGAGGAGCUGAGCGAGGCCAUGAGCGAGGUGGAGGGGCUGGAGGCCAACGAGGGCAGGUAAAAAACACAAAAAAACCCAAAAAAACCCCAAAAUCCCAAAAAUAUACACCUGGAACCCAAAAAGGGGAUCCAGUUCCUGGUGGAGCAGGAGCUGCUGCGUCACACGGCCGAGGACAUCGCCCGGUUCCUCUACAAAGGGGAGGGGCUCAACAAAACCGCCAUCGGGGACUACCUGGGAGAGAGGGAGGAGUUCAACAUCGGGGUCCUGCACGCCUUCGUGGAUCUGCACGAGUUCACCGACCUCAACCUGGUGCAGGCGCUCAGGUAA